AUGUUUUCUAAUGAAAAAAUCUUUGGAACUAUCAUUGCCAACCAAAUUGUAAUUGGAGUCUUAGGGAAUUCCCUCCUCCUUUAUUUCUACAUAUUCAAUUUUAUUCAUGGUCAUAAGGCCAUAGAUCUGAUUUUCACUCAUUUGUCCCUUAUCAACGUCUUAUUACUUCUUACUAAGGGACUGCCCCAGACAGUGACACUUUUAGGAGUAAGAAAUUUCCUUGGUGAUAUUGCUUGUAAAACUAUAGUGUACCUAGACAGAGUGUUUUGUAGCCUUUCAUUCUGUAGCAUAAGCCUUUUGAGUGGUUUCCAGGCCAUCACUAUCAGUUCACACAGCCCUGUGUGUGCAGAGCUCAAAGCAAGGGCUCUGAAGUACAUCAUUCCUUCCUUUAUUCUCUGUUGGAUUCUCAGUCUACUCAUAGAAGGAGCUAUUCCCAUAUAUAUGAUUAUGCCUCAAAAUAGUUCAAAUUUUAGGGACAACUGGAACUCAGACACUUGCACUUUGAGUAUUUAUGCUAUGAACACCUUCAACAUUGUAUUGUGGAAGACCCUUUAUGAUUUUGUGUGGUUCAGACUCACAGCAUGUAGCAGUAUAUAUAUCAUAUUUAUCAUGCAAAAGCACUACCAUCAAGUCCUUUACAUUCAUAGCACUAGCUUUUCCCUUAGAACCUCUCAUGAGAUCAGGGCCAUCAAGACUGUCAUGAUGCUUAUGAACAGUUUUAUCUGUUUUCAUGUAGCCAGUUCUAUCUUUUUUCUUUCUAGUUCCUGGAUGUUACAUGUUUCUUCCUUUAUGACUGUAUGUUUUCCAACUUUCUGCCCCUUUGUGCUGAUCAGCAAUAUCAGCAGGUUCUCCAGGACCUGGGUGUUUUCAGUAGUGAAAUAA